AUGGACAUCGAAGGCUUUCGCAAGGCUGGCUACGCUGCUGUAGAUAGCAUUUGCGACUACUAUGCGAAACUACAGCGGAAUGAGCUGCCUGUAGCCUCUCAAGUGCAGCCAGGUUUCCUGUCGAAGCUGAUACCAGAUCAUGCCCCCGAGGAUGGCGAGCCAUGGGACCUGAUUUCUUCGGACUAUCAAAGCAAGAUCAUGCCAGGAAUCACGCACUGGCAGUCACCCAGCUUCUAUGCCUACUACCCCGGCAACGCCACCUUCGAAGGUGGCCUGGCCGAUCUGCAUGCAGCCAUGAUCUCCAACCCCGGCUUCAAUUGGGCCUGCUCCCCUUCCGUCACAGAGCUAGAGAUCAUCACCCUGGACUGGGCCGCCAGGAUGCUGGGCUUCUCCGAGGACUUUCUCUCUACGAGUCCUUCGGGCAGGGGUGGUGGAAUUAUCCUUGGCAGUGCCAGUGAAGUAGCCGUCACCGUGGCUAUCGGAGCCAGAGAGAAGGCGCUGAGUCUGAUGGCUGAAAAGUACCCCCCGCCUUCGGCUGCCGAUGGGGUGGAAAUGAAAGCUGCGACGAAUGGAGCUGCUCAGGACGGCACUCACGCUGCGUCUCUGCCGCAAGAUGACCAGUCACAGCUCGAUCCUGAUGCUGCCGUCGCCGCCGAAGACUCGACGUCCCACCAGGCAGCGGUAGUUGGUGAGAAUGCCACACUGGAAGCGGCUAGUGCCCUCGCCAAGUGGCGUGGUGAGCUUACGUCACGACUCGUGAUGUAUGGUACUACGCAAACCCACUCGAUCGGGGCAAAAGCUGCUCUCAUCCUUGGUCUCGACUUCCGAGCACUCGAAGUCACCGCCGAAGACGGCUUCGCCCUUCGUGGAGCGACGCUUGAGGCUGCCUUGAGGGAGGACGAGGCCGCGGGACGGGUCCCCUUUAUGCUCGUCUGCAGUCUUGGGACGACUUCGUCAGCAGCGACUGACAAUCUCGACGAGAUUGUCGAAGUUGCAAAGACGAGACCAACACUCUUCCUCCAUGUCGAUGCGGCGUAUGCUGGAGUGGCGUUGGCACUGCCCGAGGUGCGGGAGAAAUUGUACCCGAAGGCUCUGCAGCUGGUAGACAGCUUCUCAACCAAUUAUCACAAGUGGGGCCUCGUCCAAUUCGAUUGCUCUCCACUUCUGAUCCGAGAUCGUACCGUCCUUUCCAACGCUCUGACACUCACGCCAGAGUUCCUGCGAACACGGCAUGGCGACGCAGGCUCGGUACUGGACAUGCGCAACCUGCAGAUGCCCCUCGGCAGACGCUUCCGUUCCCUCAAGCUCUGGUUUGUUCUGCGCUCCUACGGUCUCAAGGGCUUCAGAGAACACCUACGCAAGGACAUCAAGCUCGCCGAUCGCUUCGAGGAAGAAUUAAGGAACGAUCCUAAGUUUGAGCUCGUUGCUCCUCCCGCCUUUGCUUUGAGGGUAUUCCGCAUCAGAAAGCAGGCAGCCAAUGGGGAGCUGUCAGCCUCGCAGCUGGAUCAGCUCAAUCAGCUCUUUUGGGAACAGAUUCAGACUCGCUCGGCGGAGCUGCUCCUGACUCAGACGGUUCUACCCCAGGUUGGCUUCUGCAUCCGCUUUGUCACUGGCUCACCAUGGACUCAAGAGGCUCACGUCGUGCAGGCUCACAGGGUUCUCAGCGAAUGUGCCGACGUCACAUUGAAGCAGUGGUCCGAGAAGCAUCAAAGCUGA